AGCAGAACCGGAACAUCCCUCUUUUGUCGCUCACUGGUCGUACUCCCGCAGAGAGUUCUGGGGUCCCACAAUGAGGUUCUUGUGCGCUACUGUCUGAGAGAAAGCCACAGAAAUGCUUUGGCUCAGGAAUGGGAGACGUCAUGGAUUCCUGAGUGUGGGUCUUUGCAGGAAAAGCCCUGAGUCUCCCAACAUGGAGCGGCUCCAGGUUUCCAUGGCGAGGGCGCCCAAACAGGAGGAAACACUGAGGGAAUCCCGUUAUUUUACAGCAUUGCACCAUUAUAAACACUCAGAGCAGGGCAGGGAAGCCGCUCUCGUUACUCCAAAGAACCACUGGCCAGCCGAACCUCCACCGCUGCUCCUUUUCACUCAACUCGGAUGAGACUUUUUACAACUUGGACUUUUGUUUGCCUUUUUGCCAUCCCCCUCAGCAUUUUUUUAACUGAGAAACUGAAACUUUGCCAUGCUUGUUAGACCUGAGUGACUUUGAUUUGACUUUUUUCCCCCCUCCAACAUUUUUUUAUUUCUUGGGUUUUUUUUUCUUUUGUCUCCUAAUGUUUAGAGGGACUUGGAGAGUGACCCAGUACCACACCAUGAGGUCCAUGGAUCAAGAUGACCCAAAUCUUGCGUCUCACAAAGUCCUCAGUCCCGAGUCUGAGCAAGCCUUUCCCCUGGAGGAGGUCUCCCCGUAUGCUGUCAAGUCCUGUAGUCGCUCCUACAUUGAACACCAGACAGAAGUUCUGCCAGGAUAUGACGCUCAGGAAGCACAGAACUACCUGGACAGUACCCGGCCCCCAGGCUUGGCCUUGAGCCCGCGCAUUGAAAUCACACCAUCCCGGGAGCACUACAGCCACUCUCGCGACUCCCUGCAGAACCACCACCCCAGUGUCAACAGCCCCCGACCCACAUUGACCGUACCAGGCCAUGAGAACCUCUCCUACCGCGAGCCCCAGUGCCUGAGCCCCGCCAGCAGCAACUCGUCCACCAGCUGGCACUCGGAGAAUUAUUCCCCCUGGGCUUCCCCCUGCGUGUCCCCCAGUAGCGGCAACAAUCCUGGAGACCUGUGCCCCCGAUUACAGAACAUCCACACUGGCUCCCCACGCACCUCCCCGGGAACAUCACCGAACGCCGGCCUAACUGAGGAAGGCUACCUGGGAACGUGUUCACCCUCCCCGCGCCCUGGCUCCCGCUCCACCUCCCCGCAGGGUAAACGCACCUACGACAUGUACAGGAAUCCCGCUCUGAUGCCCGGCAUCCGCUCCCGAAGCCCUUCCCCCCUAGGCGGCCAUGUGGAUCAGAACAUGGGGGCCCACUAUCCACACAACGCCAUGCCGGAAGCCAUGAAUGGUUUCAGUUUGCCCACUAAACUAGUCAAGACUUCCAACCAGGUUUACACUCUGUAUCCGGAGCAUCACGGCGAGGGGAACUACUUGGUGUCCUGUGACCAGGAUAUGAAAAGCAAACCUUCUCCAGAACCCUUCUUUGUCAUCCCUCCGAUCUGGUCUAAGCCGCUGGUCUCCAGCAUUUGCAGUAUCCCGUUGGCGUCUCUCCCCCCUCUGGAAUGGCCCGUGCCCAGCCGCACGGACCACUAUGAGCUCCAUAUCGAGGUGCAGCCAAAGCCGCACCACAGAGCUCACUACGAGACGGAGGGAAGUAGAGGCGCCGUCAAGGCCCACACAGGAGGACACCCUGUGGUGCAGUUGCGCGGCUACAAAGGCAAAGAGGCGCUCGGGCUGCAGAUCUUCAUCGGCACGGCGGACGAGCGCAUUCUCAAGCCGCACGCCUUCUACCAAGUGCACCGCAUCACUGGCAAAACCGUUACGACAAACAGUUUGGAGAAGAUUGUCAAUGGAACCAAAGUCCUGGAGAUGCCCCUGGAACCAAAAAACAACAUGAGAGCAAUAAUUGACUGCGCCGGUAUCCUGAAGCUGCGGAAUGCCGACAUCGAGCUGAGGAAGGGCGAGACGGACGUCGGCCGAAAGAACACGCGCGUCCGCCUCGUGUUUCGCGUGCAUAUACCUCAGCCCGGAGGACAGCACGUCUCACUACAAGUGGCCUCGCAUCCCGUUGAGUGUUCUCAGCGUUCAGCACAUGAACUUCCCAUCGUGGAGAAGCAGGACUCGGACAGUUGCUCCGUUCUGGGAGGCCAGCAGAUGAUCUUGAGCGGGCAGAACUUCAGCUCCGAUUCCAAAGUGGUUUUCAUGGAGAAAACGCAGGAUGGGAUGCAAAUUUGGGAAAUGGAAGCGACGGUGGACAAAGAUAAGAGCCAACCGAGCAUGCUGUUUGUGGAGGUGCCGUCCUACCGCGACUCGUCUAUCUGCCAUCCUGUCAAAGUGACCUUCUGUGUAGUCAAUGGGAAGAGGAAACGUAGUCAGCCUCAGCACUUCACCUACACACCACUGCCAUCUCCAUCCAUCAAGACCGAGCCUCUAGACGAGUACGACUCGGAUCACAUGAGCUUCGCCGUCCCCCCCGUCAUGGGCAUACUCCCUCAUUCCUACUACCACACCCCGCACGGCGUCCUCCACCCCGAACAUGGCCUCGUUUCCAGCAUGGCUCCAUGCCAGCGACUUGGCUCCAACCUCCUGGGACAGGAAUCCCGCUUCCACAACCAGAGUCCGGCCAUUGUCUUCUCUCGUGCAGGGAAAAGCCUGAGCAGCAGCCCGGGCACCUAUCAGCAGACUGGUCCCAUGAUCCCUGACCCCCACCGCUCCGUCCUGGUCCACACGGGCUCUCAGGCACCAACUGCCGCACCAAUGGGCGCAGGCCAGCACCCGUCUAUCAUCCAGUUCUCCCCCACCAACCACCACCUGCUUCGGGCAGGAGACCAAGCACAUCCAGAGCAGCCCGUCAUUUAUUGCGAAGGCUACAUCCCGCAGGGGACCCACCCGUCCCCGCCCCCCCAGGUAGACGGGAACCCCCCUCAGCAAUACCCAACCGUGAUCCAGCAACAGACGUACGCUACCAAAGGGCAGCAGAAAGCCAGAGUAUCUCCCGAGGAGACGCCGGCCGACCAAGCGAGGAGGGUGACGGUGAAGGAAGAGAACCUGGACCAGGCCUACCUAGAUGACGGUGAGUUGAAUGAGAUCAUCUGCAAGGACUUGACUGGUGUUCAAACUCGAGGGCAAUCCUAGAGGAGCAGAAAAUGACAUCACAUGCUGCCCCAAGCCCUCUGUUGUCAACAUCGGACAUUUUGGGUUUUGUGCUCUCCACGCCGCUGUACAGAGAUGCACCUAUGCAGGUAGCACCAAAAAAAAAACAAAAAAAAAAAACAGAUAACUGUGCCUUAUUUUGGUAAUAGAGGUAGUUAAAACCUAUGCUUGUUUACUAGUGAGUGAAUACAUGAAGAAAAUCCAAAACUUAACCGGUCGAUCAUCUCAAAAAGUGCAGUUUGUAAUUAAGAAUAAAAUGAUGCCUUCACCAAAUGAGCUAUCAGCUCCACGUGCACUGUUUUGUUUUUUUGAAAACCGGAUGUUUACGUGCGUGUAAAUAAAUGUAUUCCAUUUUAUACGGCAUGUGUAUGUUGCAUAAUAUUCACGUGAAGUGUCUUCACAGGGCCUGUGAUGCUGCAGUCAUGAUUGUAGUUUGUGUUCGAAUUCUAAAUUCUAAGUCCAGUGACAAUCUGCACUUUGAUACAUUAUAAGUGGCCUUUUGGAAUUACAAAUGCGUUUAUUUUAUUUGUUUUUCUCUGAACCUUUUCCUGUAUGUAUAUAGCAGAUUUUUUUUUUUUUUUUUACAUAUAGUGAAAAAAAGUAUAUUCAAUGCCAAAGUCUUGCCUAUGCACAAGAUUAUUGCAGCCCAUUGUAAACAGUUUUCUACCUGUACACACUCGUGAGAAUAUACAGCUAUCCUAAAAUAGUUGGCUGUGAUUGAAAAGGAAUUUUUCAUUUUUUCCAGAAGUCUUUUGACCUAAUCAGAAAUUAUUUGCCUUACGUGUUAAUCAACGUAUCACUUUUUAUAUGAAAAGCUGCAAAUGGGGGUGAAAAGUAAAAAUAUAAAGAAAGAUAGAAUCGGACGCAGACCUUUUUUUUUUUUAAUAUGAAAAAAAAGAAUAUUCUAUUUUGUAAUAUUGCAUUGAUAUGAAUGAUGUUUGCCAUUGAGCCAGUACAGCACAAUUACAGUUGCCUUAUCUUGAAUGUAAUCUCCCCACCCCAUUUUUUUUGUGUGUCUUGUAAAUAUAGACCUCAAAGUGUGAUGUCAUGCUGAAAUAUGUGUAGCUUGUCAUAUUGUUAUGCGUUUAUAUCAUGCUCCAUAUCAUUCAGUUUGUUUGUUUGGUUUUUGUACAAGGAAAAACUGAAGGGAAUGAGGCCUCAUUGAUAUCUUCAAUCGAGGCCUUUUUGUUCACUUGUUUAAUUUCAGCGAGAUUUUAAUUAAUGUCUUAUUUACUGUUGGUCUUUAAGCCGUGAUAUUUUUGCAUUCUUAAAAGUAGCAAUAAACUAUAUCCUUACACAAUC